AUGUAAUAUUAUAAAUCUCUUUCAUCCUCUAUAACUAAAGAGCAGAAAUUUGGAGAAUUAGUUUAAUCGAUUAAAUGCACUAAAGAUAACCUAUGUGAUGAGUAAAGUCAAAAAUUUUAUAGCCUCAUCAACGAAAGUAUAUAAAUAUAAUAUGAACUAAUUCAAAAUUCAGAAGCUUCGAAAUUAUCUAAUAUAUAAUUAUUAAAAAUCUCAAAUUUCCAAUUUAUUAAAUGUCAUGAAUGUUAUUUUUGUAUAAUUUUCAAUCUAUCAAAUGACACUUUGUAAUCAAGAUUAAAAAAUGAAAUUAUGAAGGUGAAUGCAUUUAUAUUAUUAUAGUAUUCAUUCCAAACUUAUUUUUUUGAUUUCUCUUUAGAAAAUGUUAAUGAACAUGAUAUAAAUGCAGAAUUUGAAGCCUUUGACAAUUGUACUAAUCAAAAUUUUAGAGAAUGCAGAGUAAUGAUAUUUUCAAAAGACUUUGAUCAAAAGAUAAUUGACAAAGUUAAUAUAUUCCCAUAUAUUUAUUUUUGUGGCAAUCCAACUAAGGUAAAUGAGACAUAUUUAGAGAAUCUUCAACUACAUUAGAUUUUCUUCACAUUAGAUUUGUAGUACAAAAGAAUAUUAUAGUUGCUUCCCACUGGGUAAAAAAUUAUAUAAUUAGUUUAUCCAUGUUAAAUUAACAAAUUUAUACUAAUAUCAAGGUUACUGGACUUAUUGAAGAUAUUAAUGAAUAGAGUUAUUACAUUAAGCAUCCAUCACUUAAAUUUGAAAAAUCAUAAUACAAUAUAAUGCUAUCGUGUUCUAUUCCAUAUAUGAAUGUAGAUGAAUAUAUGUACAUUCCACUUUCAUUAGCAAUUCAAAAGAUUGAAAUUUCAGAUAUCAUUUAGAAAAAUGAGAAUUUACAACCAGCUAAAGAAAUUAAUAAUGAAGUUUAUGACUAUGUGUACAAGUUUAAAAUUUUGAAUGUAAGCCAUUAAACUUAGAUAGUAAAUUGAUGAUCAAAUCAAAUUGAGUGAAUUGGAAUUUUCAAUUAUUUUAUAAGAUUAAUUCUUUUCCGUAGAUCAAUUAAUGUUUAGAAAUUAAAUAAGAUAAAUAUAGGAAUUCUAGAGGGAGAAUGAAUUCAAUGAAGGGGAACUUUAUGAAAUAGAGAAGAUUCUUGAGGAUUUGUGUAAAUGUGAUAAGCCUUCCUUUUAAAAGUUGAUUACAUACUAUUAGAUGAAGUAAAGCAUGCUUUAUAGAAUGAAGAUUAAUAGUUUUAUUUUUUAAUUAUGA